AUGCGGGCCAGACAAGAAAAUGCGGGCCAGACAAGAAAAAGCGGGCCAGACAAGAAAAUGCGGGCCAGACAAGAAAAUGCGAGCCAGACAAGAAAAUGCGAGCCAGACAAGAAAAUGCGAGCCAGACAAGAAAAUGCGAGCCAGACAAGAAAAUGCGAGCCAGACAAGAAAAUGCGAGCCAGACAAGAAAAUGCGAGCCAGACAAGAAAAUGCGAGCCAGACAAGAAAAUGCGAGCCAGACAAGAAAAUGCGAGCCAGACAAGAAAAUGCGAGCCAGACAAGAAAAACGAGCCAGGCAAACAACGAGCCAGGCAAACAACGAGCCAGGCAAACAACGAGCCAGGCAAACAACGAGCCAGGCAAACAACGAGCCAGGCAAACAACGAGCCAGGCAAACAACGAGCCAGGCAAACAACGAGCCAGGCAAACAACGAGCCAGGCAAACAACGAGCCAGGCAAACAACGAGCCAGGCAAACAACGAGCCAGACAAACAACGAGCCAGACAAACAACGAGCCAGACAAACAACGAGCCAGACAAACAACGAGCCAGACAAACAACGAGCCAGACAAACAACGAGCCAGACAAACAACGAGCCAGACAAACAACGAGCCAGACAAACAACGAGCCAGACAAACAACGAGCCAGACAAACAACGAGCCAGACAAACAACGAGCCAGACAUGUACGAGCCAGACAUGUACGAGCCAGACAUGUACGAGCCAGACAUGUACGAGCCAGACAUGUACGAGCCAGACAUGUACGAGCCAGACAUGUACGAGCCAGACAUGUACGAGCCAGACAUGUACGAGCCAGACAUGUACGAGCCAGACAUGUACGAGCCAGACAUGUACGAGCCAGACAUGAGGCGCUUCCAUCCUUUUGCUGCAACUGGUGGCCGCAAGAGAGCCUAG